AGGCGUUUCAUUCUGCUGUGCGCUCUGAGCGGACUCGCCACUGUCCGCUACUUCAUCUCACCCGAACCUGUUUUCAUAUUUCAUCUGCAAUCAUAUCACUCCUUCUGUUCUGUGUGUUCCCCAACGUCAGUUUGCACGGUUAACGUGCAGUUAAAUCAGGAUCUAUGGCGCUUAAUGGAUAUAUAUUGACCGCUCUGUGCGCACUUUGGGCAGGGAUCUUCGCUCAGGAUGUCUCAAGAUCCUCCUUCAGAGAGUGUCCUGUGGAUUUGUUCUUUGUGUUGGACACAUCUGAAAGUGUGGCCCUCAGAGCCAAACCUCCAGAGUUCUACAUCAACCAGAUCAAGACCUUCACUAAGCUCUUCAUCGAUGAGCUGAAAAACCUGCGACAGCCUUGUGACCGUGAUGUGACGUGGAACUCAGGAGCGCUGCACUACAGUGACGAAACGGAGCUGGUGAUGGAAUUAGUUGACCUGAACACAAAACGCGCUGACCUGAAGGCUGCCAUAGACAAAAUCAAAUACAUAGGCAAAGGAACAUACACCGACUGUGCCAUCAAGGAUGGUAUCGCUGAGCUGCUUCGAGCGGGCUCCCACUAUCAUGAGAAUAAGUACAUUGUGGUGGUCACGGAUGGUCACCCUGUGACCGGCUACAAGGAGCCUUGUGGUGGUAUCCAGGAGGCUGCCAAUGAAGCACGACAACACGCCAUCAAAGUGUUCGCUGUGGCCAUCUCACCUGACCAGGAGGACACCAGACUGUCUGUCAUUGCCACAGAUGUGAACUACAGACAGAACUUCACCGCUGCAGACAACUCCCGCUCCACACAGCUGAGCUCUAUACACUCCAUCAUCAACAUGAUUACAAAUGAAACAAAGGAUGUGUGCUGCUCCUUUGACUGCAACGCCCCUGGAGGCCCUCAGGGACCCCCUGGAGAUCCAGGACAAAGAGGAGAGACUGGAAGACCAGGCAUGCCGGGAGAGAAAGGAAGUCUUGGCUCUCCGGGAAAGGCUGGUGAUCCCGGGCCAGUCGGUUACCAAGGAAUGAAGGGAGACCAAGGAACGAGAGGUGAUAAGGGAGAUAGAGGUCAUAAAGGCUUCAAGGGAGACAAAGGUUACAGCGGUCUUGAUGGCAUCGAUGGACGUAAGGGUGAGCCGGGAUUUUCUGGCCUUCCAGGCUGCAAAGGGUCACCAGGGCCAGAUGGCUUGCAAGGAGAACCAGGUCCUAAAGGAGACCCCGGCCAAUAUGGAUCCAAAGGAGAAAGAGGAGAUCCUGGUAAAGAUGGUGAACCUGGAAGACCUGGAAACUACGGACCUUCAGGUGCCAAGGGAGAUAGGGGUCCUCGUGGUACCAAUGGUGAUAAAGGCGAGAGAGGAGAUGAUGGACCAACAGGACCAAACGGCCCAAUCGGAGACAGAGGCACACCUGGUGAAAAAGGUGAACAAGGUUCCCGUGGUAACAGAGGGCCCAGAGGCGAGAUUGGUGAACCUGGGCCCCGGGGUGAGCAAGGACGCGAGGGGUCAUCUGGGCCAAACGGAGACCCGGGCGAGCCAGGCAGGGCAGGGGCACCAGGUUACCGUGGCGAUGAAGGUCCUACUGGGCCAGAGGGGAAAAAAGGGGUCAGAGGAAUCAAAGGAGCCCCAGGAGACAGAGGCCUAAUAGGAGAGAGGGGUGAUGAUGGACCACAAGGAAAUGGAACAGAAGGGUGCCAUGGUUUCCAGGGCUAUCCUGGCCCCAGGGGAGAUCCAGGAGCGCCUGGUGGAAAAGGGACCCCUGGACCCAAGGGAGAUGAUGGAGAUCCAGGUGACCCUGGAUUAGAUAACAACAGGCCAGGACCACCUGGGCCUAAAGGAGCCAAAGGUCACCGAGGACCUGAAGGAAGUUCUGGACCACCAGGACCACCUGGGCCUCAAGGAGCAGAUGAAUGUGAGAUUCUGGAUAUCAUCAUGAAGAUGUGCUCUUGCUGUGAAUGCACAUGCGGACCCCUGGACAUUGCUUUCAUUGUGGACAGCUCUGAGAGUAUUGGCUCUUCUAACUUUGCCAUUGCCAAAGACUUCAUCGUGACGGUGAUGGACAGACUCAAAUUAAGACAGUUUGGUGCCAAUGAGUCUCGUAUUGGCGUGGUGCAGUACAGCGGUGCUAAUGCUCAGGAGGUCGUACAGCUUGGUGACCCCAACAUUAAGACCCUGACAGACCUAAAACAAGCUGUGAAAGAGUUGCGCUGGCUAGCUGAAGCCACAUACACCGGAGAAGCUCUGCAGUUCUCGCUAAAUAAAAUGAUUAGCAAGCUAGUGACGGAGAAGAGUGUGGUCCUUGUCCUAACUGAUGGACGCUCUGACACCAAGAGGGACAAAGUGCCCUUAAACGUGCUGUGUGGCAAAGGACUGAAGGUUGGUGGCGUUGGAGUCGCGGAUUAUGCAGAACGAAACCCCAAUCGAGAACAGCUUGAUGAGGUUGUGUGUAAAGAUGAUCCCAGAAAAGGUUUCUCCUUUGUCCUGAACAACUUUGGUGUUCUUCUGGAUGACAGUUUCCUGCAAAACCUGACUGAUAAAAUCUGUGAAGACAAGAAGUGUCCCACUUAUACUUGUCCAAUUUCAUUUGUCGACAACACCGAUGUCCUCAUCAUGAUGGACAGCUCGGCCAGCGUGGGCUCCAAGAACUUCGAGAUGACCAAGGAUUUCACACGGAUGCUGGCUAAGCGUUUUCUGUCAGCAGAAAGAGGAGGUUUCCAGGUCCGGGUUGGCGUUGGCCAGUACAGCAACAAUGCCAACUUAGAGGCGGAGUUUUCCUCAAACGCCACCCAGGUGGUGGCUCAAAUCGCAGAAGCCAAGUUCCAGAGUCAAGGUACACAGGUAACAAACGCUCUCAACUUUGCCAUCGAGCGCUUCAGGGGUGGCAGGACGAGGAAGAAGAAGCUGCUGGUGUUUUCGGAUGGUCGUUCCCAAGGCGUCAACACCAUCCAGAUUGAGAAAGCCGUGGAGCAGGUGAGCAAAGCGGGCAUCGAGCUGUACGUACUGGCCGCGGGAAAUCAGGUGAACGAGGCAAAUCUGCGCACACUGGUGAGCCGUGGCCGGCCGUAUGACAACACGUACGCCUACCGCCACCUUUUCAAAGUACCUGACUACCGCUCGAUGGUCACUGGGGUCUUUUACCAAACUGUCUCCCGCAAGAUUUCCCUGGAGUCGAGGGGGUGAUUGGGUAGUGGGAGGGGUCAAGGAACAAAGGGAGUCUGCGGCAGUAUAGCACAAGCUUUGAUUGUGUUCGUCUAUUUUUCAUGUGAAUGAUAUAUCUGAACUUAAAAGGGUAUUUUGAUAGUCUCAGUUUCAUUUCGUAAAAGACACUAAAUGACUAUGUCGGAAUUCUUAAAAAAAAAUUAUUUUUUAUGUCACUAAGUCUUUGUAAAGUAUAGGGAUUCAUCUAGUCAUUCAACAGUUUACGUCAAUUCUUUGAGUUCUAGUGCUUUGACUAUAUGACUGUAUUAAAGUUUGAUGUCCAUAUCUGCCAUUCAACUGCCAAAUUAGCAUUCAAUGAUGUUGAGGGCACAAAAAAUUUAUUCUUUUAGUGGUCGGGAGCUGAAAUGAUGACUCGUUAUAAAUACAAGGAAUGUAUCAUUAAAAUGCAGAGACAUUUAUAUCUAGCAACCAGGGUCCAAAAUAAACAUGUCCUUCCCAUCUAUCUAUCUAUCUAUCUAUCUAUCUAUCUAUCUAUCUAUCUAUCUAUCUAUCUAUCUAUUCAAAAGGAAUUGUGUUUAUUUUGGACUCUGCUUGCAACAAGUCAAUUCUUUAUUUUCAUUUGUCUGUGGUACACUUAAUUGUUAGCGUUAAAAGUAAAACUUGAAUAUCAAUUUGGUGCUACUAAUAGAAACACUACACUAGCUCCUUUAGUUAUUCAAAUGCAGGUUUCUUCAAAAUAGCUCUUAAUACCUUUAGACAAAGUGUUUACCAAUAGGUUUCUCAUGUCAGAAAUGUAUUUUAAACCAGUUUCGGGGCUAUUGUAAAGGGAUUUGAAAUAAAGGAUGCUACACCCCAC